UCUUAUAUAUCGAAUAUAGGUACAUUGUGCGGCAUCGCGAUACAACAGAGAUUUUUUUAUACUUAGCUCGAACUUCAACAGGUUUAAACCGCACUGUACUGCAGACUUAUUUGUAAAUGCGAGUCGAUUUUUAUGCAUCUGUUAUCGCGAAUUUAAAUUCCUAAUUUACCGGUGUUGUUUGUUCGGUGUAAAUUGUUUAUGUGCCAUUUUUCAUAUGGGUUUAUCUGUAGUUGACCAUAAAACGACAACACGAAUUAACAAUCGCAGAAGAUCGUUCUUCUGAAAAUGGCUUUCUAAUUAUACAGACUGGCUUAAAGGAGACAGAAUAAAAGUACCCUAAGGACUUGAUAAAAUAUACAAAAAAUACCACUUCGUAGCUCCAGCUCGUCAGUUUCAGUUUCGUAUAUUCUUAAUCGCAGUGCGGGUGUUUAUUUUAUCUUUUUGGAAACUGUUCGCGUUUAGUGCGUUUUAAUUUUUCGUUUUUUUUUGGUUUUUUGUUUCUUACUUGACGAAUAAUUCGAGAGUGUUUUUUUUUUCAUACGUGUGUAUAAAUUUUCUCGAAGCAAUUACUGGCUCUACGAAAAAUCAACGGUAAUGCGGACCAUUCAGCAAUUCAACUGUGAUGAAUCUAACGAAAAGUGAGUUUGGCUUCAGGCAAAAUUUGAUUUUCCGUUUGUUGAUUGUGGCACUGGCUAUGGAAGCGAUAACGUGCUGCGGACCGGGCAGAAGUGGCGGAAGACAACGGAUACAGAAAAAGCUCAAGCCUUUGGUGUUCAAACAACACGUGCCGAAUUUCGCCGAGAAAACUUUGGGCGCUAGUGGACCCCAGGAGGGGAAAAUUACCAGGAGUGAUCCGAGGUUCAAGCAUUUGGUACCCAAUUACAAUUCCGAUAUUAUUUUUAAAGAUGAAGAAGGCACCGGAGAGGAUAGAUUGAUGACGCAGAGAUGCAAAGAAAGACUGAACACAUUAGCAGUCAGCGUAAUGAACUUAUGGCCGGGCGUUCGACUGCGUGUAAUCGAGAGCUGGGAUAGCGAAGGAUCGCACCAUCCGGAAUCCUUACACUACGAAGGACGUGCGGUCGAUAUCACGACAUCGGAUCGAGAUUCCUCCAAGUACGGCAUGCUAGCGCGUUUAGCCGUAGAAGCUGGCUUCGAUUGGGUUUAUUAUGAAAGCAGAUCUCACGUACAUUGUUCCGUAAAGUCAGAAAGUUCACAAGCUGCAAAAUCAUUAGGAUGUUUCAACGCAAACGAUACGAUCCUACUGGAAACUGGAGAAAGAAUACACAUGUCUCGUUUAGAAAUCGGAGACCGCGUACUAACUUUAAAUUCCGAAGGAAAUCUCGAGUAUAGUCCAGUGCUGAUGUUCAUGCAUCAUAGUCCGAAACAAGUAUCUAGAUUUUUGAAGAUCACCUUGCAUUCUGGAAUGAAUAUUACCAUUACUCCUUCGCAUUUGAUAUUAAAAUGGCAAAAACCUAACGUCACCAUGCUCCACAAUGCCAUACCUGUUUAUGCUAAAGAUGUCGACGUGAAUGAUCAACUGCUGAUACGCGGCAAUGACUCUCGUCGACAAUUAUUUGUAGAUAGAAUUAUUAAUAUUGAGGUAGUUUACCAAACCGGAGUAUACGCGCCGCUUACGGAGACCGGCACAAUAGUGGUUAAUGAUGUAGUCGCAUCUUGCUACGCGGUGAUCUAUAGCCAAAGACUUGCUCAUUUAGCAUUCGCUCCGAUUAGAGUUUUCAAUUCGGUUGCAACUAGUUUUAAUAAUUUUUAUGAUACUAUGACUAAAGCAGUCAAAACGAAAAGUCAAAGUAGUACUUUAGCUGUUAGGCAAACCAGACAUGCCCCACAACCCCAAAAUGGCAUUCACUGGUAUUGUAGAUUUCUUCAAAGUAUCGCUGAUUACGUCGUACCGAGUAAUUUCUUCAUAGUUGAUUCGAAUCUUAGGAUAACUUCCAGAGUAACAGGAUUAGUAGGAUCGGUUAUCAAUAAUUUCGAUCCAUUGAUCAAAUUGAGUUCUUUGAGCGUUUUCUUUAAAUUAUCUCUAGUACGUUCUUCGAUGCUUGGCACAGUUGACAUGUACAACGUGCGAUUUUUACCUUCGAAUUCGGACUGCAAACUAAACAGUCGUCUUUUCGUUCUGCUUCGUAAGAUGGAACAGCAACUAGUAGCUAGUUUGAAAGCUUCUGUAACGCAGACAGCGGCGAUCACAGCAUUCGUAGAAGCUACAGCGGGGAUAAUGUGUUUAACAACACCCUGCACUAGUCGAUAUCAAUUCAAUUCAAAAAUGGUUUCCGAGGAACUGCUCGAAACAAUCCACAAAAUUGAAAAAGAAGAACUUUCCAUCGAACAAACUCUUCCACCAAAAUACCUGUUACCAUUUAUCAAGGAUACCCAAGUGCUCUACAUUUAUAAAAAGAAAAAAGUCGUAGAAAGUGAACCAGAAGAUGUUCACAAUCAAUUCAAAACUCCUUUCAGCGAUGAUACUCUGGAAGAAUUGGAUUUGACCGGUCAACCCCUGGAAUGUCCUUUUGAUGCGGAUGAGACUACUCGGUCAGACAAAAUGAUUGUUGAAAAACGAGAACAAGAUGAUAACUGUCCUUUGACUCUACGAAAAGCCAGAGAGAUUCUUUCGCACCUGAAUUUAAGCUCCGAGUUGGCUGUUCCUGUUUUUAUUCUGACAGAUGGAACUGACAAAAGUCGAACUAUUCUGUUGGGUUCUGCGAGAAAAGAAGGAUGGUUUAUUCGAUCUUGGGUCACUGUCGAAGAUUUCUCUCGUGAUUCAAAUGCCAUGACGAGUAUCGAAAAGAUGAUCGAAAAUCAUAAUAAAAUUUCGCUAAUGAAUCCUAUUCAUACUGAUUCUGAAGUUCAUGCUAAAUACAUCAUCGAAUCGACUAGCGAAUGUGAUGUCACGUUUUUGAAAAGUUCCGCUGAUCGGAUGGAAGUGAAUUUAUCGUGGAAAACACCUACUUUUACGAUACCUUUAAACGAAACAUCCGUAGAAAUUACCAUCGAUUGCUGUAUUGCGAACGAAGAAAGUGAAAUUUCUCAUCUAUGGGAUCAACUGACAUUGCUGUAUGAUUAUCUCGAAAUGAUCAAAGCCUGCAAAUCAGAUCUGAGUGCCAAAGGGCCAUAUUCGAGACAUUCCGUCGAUUUACCCAGUUUGGAACCCGAGGUAACUCGAAAAAUACCCAUGAAGGAUACCCUUACUCAAUUAUUGCUCGAAGCUAAUCAAAUAACUGGUAUUUCGUUAACUGGUCGAAACGCUGAUUUCGAAAAGAAAACACUCGAACAAAUCGUGCAAGUUAUAACGAGUGAAAAAAAAGAACAAGAAUUCACAGACAGAUUAUGGAAUCUCUUAAUUGGAAGUUCUGCAUACGAAGAAAUACGAUCAUGUUUCGAAAUAGUUUGCCAAUAUGUCAGAAAUGGCGCUAGUAAACCAUACAUAAAAACCACGAAUAUCACUAGACUGGCUCAUGUUCUUCGUAUAUGUCAAAGUAAUCCGUCACAUUCCGAGCUGACUUUGGAAUCCUUGGAAUUGCUGGUAGAAAUAGGUAUCGAGAAACUCAAAAAGGAAUACAUCAGCGUAUACUUAUUGGCUAAAAUCGCUUCUUCGGAACAAUUACGUAUUCCGUCUCUACCCAAAUUUUCCGAAGUAAAUGCCGCAGAUUGGGUCGAUCAUUGUUCUAAAUGGAUCACUUGGCUUACCAGAGUGCAUAUCGUUCUGCAAUUGAUGCUGGUCACAGAAAAUGUUAUGAAAACUAAAGCUUGCAUAAUUCCUUUAACUGCUCUAACGCUUCAGCACUAUUUGAGCGAAAAAUCUCCAAUUCAGGAGUUACCAAAUCCUCGAACGAUUAAUUCUCAGUCAUUUACCACACCGGUUAAUACCAGAGAUUUGCAAGAUUUAUUAAAUAACCGCAAAAAAACUCCAUUCAAUUCAUGGACGUUGACCUUACGUUCGACGAAACCUAGCAAAGAAGUGAUUAGCAUUUAUCACCGUAAUAUGGAUGAAAUUUUUCCUUCGUUUGUUUCUGCAAUUGAUGAUUUUGACGAAGAUAAAAAUACUUCGAUACAUUUGUCCAAUUAUCAUUGUUACGAUUUUCAUAGCGUUUCGGAUAAAUUAUUAUGAUACUUUGAUUAGAUUAUGAAAAUGAAAAUUGCCAGAAAUGAGGAGCUAAGGCUACAACGAUCAAAGCAUUCCAAUACUCUCAACUUGAAUCACCUCUACUUUCUUGUAUCGUCCUCUGAAAAAAUGCUCUUUUGUUAUAAUAUUUUUCUCAAUAGUUUUUUCAUGUGAAAUAUUUUAUUAUUGAUAUAUUUUUCAUCACUUUCAAGUUGAAUUAGAUUUUUUUUAUUCUCUCAA